AUGAACAAACCAUUGUUCAUGCGGAUUGUGGAUCGCCUUUCUGAAGAAGUUCCGUAUUUUCAACAAAGACGAAAUGCUGCCGGACGGUUAGGUCUCUCUGCUCUCCAGAAGUGCACGGCAGCGAUUCGUAUGAUGGCUUAUGGCUGUGCAGCAGUCGCGGUUGACGAAUAUCUCCGUUUAGGUGAAUCUACAGCCAUUUUAUGUCUUGAAAAUUUCACUCAUGGAAUCAUACAAUUAUUUGGCGAUGAGUACCUACGGAGACCCACACAAGAAGAUCUCCAACGAUUACUGGAUGAAGGAGAGUCACGCGGUUUUCCCGGAAUGAUAGGGAGCAUUGAUUGCAUGCAUUGGGAAUGGAAGAAUUGCCUAACCGCUUGGAAAGGACAAUAUACCCGCGGAUCUGGAAAACCGACUAUCGUCUUAGAGGCGGUUGCAUCACACGAUCUCUGGAUAUGGCACGCAUUUUUUGGUCCCCCAGGUACUUUAAACGAUAUUAACGUUCUUGACCGUUCACCAGUUUUUGAUGACAUAUUACAUGGUCGAGCUCCAAAAGUAAGGUAUUCUGUCAAUGGACACCAGUACAAGUUGCCUUAUUACCUCACUGACGGGAUCUAUCAUACAAUCCAUUCGUCUUCCACAAGAACCGAAACAUCGGAUGUUUGCUAA